ACUCUCGGGGCUGCAAUUGACGCAGCGGCCGUACGUCGAGUAUUAUGCUUUGAGCAGACGGUGAGUACUGCACUGAUCGGGUGCAAGUCACCGAACGUUCUCCGUCGACCGUCUGCCAGCACUCACAGUAUUGCAAAUGAGGCGACGGCAGAGUUUGGAGUAGCAUUACUUCGGCAGACAUUGUGUACUGCAGUAAUGCAGUGCCAGUACUCCGAUAGUAUCGGUCGACCGCUUGUCAGCAGUCUCGGGGCUGUAAUUGACGCGGCGGUCGUACGUUCACUAUUAUGCUUUGAGCAGACGGUGAGUACUGCACAGAUGGACUGCGCACGACUAUGA